ACUUGAGAACUCAGAAGCGAGCCCCGCCUCCACCUAACCACGACGGGGGCGGAGUCGUUUCCUUUGUGGGAAAAGAGAAAAGACGCCGUGAACACCACCACGGCCAGGGACGGCAAACGACAGGAGGGGACAGUGACCAGGAGCAGGAUGGCUAAGCUUUCCACCAUGCCCGGGGGCGUGCCCUGGUCCGCCUACUUGAAAAUGCUCUCCUCCAGUCUCCUGGCCAUGUGCGCCGGGGCCCAGGUGGUGCACUGGUACUACCGGCCUGACCUGACAAUACCUGAAAUUCCACCAAAGCCUGGAGAACUCAAAACGGAGCUUUUGGGACUGAAAGACAAACACCACAAACCUCAGGUUUCACAGCAGUAGAAACUUCAAAAUACAACUCUGCCAAGAAUUCUGUGAUUACUUUACAUACAUAUUUUUAAAUGUAUUGAGUAAAACUACUUCUUAAACAUCUAGUCCAAAAGCAAAUGCUGGUUGAUAGGAACUGGUUAAGUUGAACUUGUAUUAUGAUUCAGUCAGUAUUUUCUAGUCUCACUGUGCAUUCUUGGCUCACUUGGAACUCACUCUAGGUCAGGCUGGCCUCCAGUUGACAGGGAUCCACAGGCCUCUGCAACAAGGUCCGUGUAGCCAUGCUGAUCCUGGAUGGUGGAAUUGCAGGUAUAUAUGACGACACUUAAGAGCCACAGAGCCUCAGCUUUUACAUUUGACUGGGAAGAUGUUUCUCUUCAGUGUCUCCUGCCAUUGUGAUUCUUAUUUCUCUGAAUGAGCUUGAUUAUAAUGGCAAGUUAUAAAUUACAUACAGUAGUCAGUGACAAUACUUAUAGGAUCUAAACAUUUGUACUAAACUAUAUAAAAUAUUUAACGUUCUAAGUUCUUUGGAAUUGUGUGCCUAAUGGAAUUGCCACUUUAGUGACUUAGCUUGUCAAGGUGCUUUAAUCCCCCAAAUUUGAGAAAGCAAAUUAAAGUUGACAUUUUCUUUAUACAUGUAAAAAUGUGAUAAAAAAUGAAUGUGCUAAGUUAAAUUGUGUCCCUAGAAAAAUGCUGACCUCAACCCUCAAGAGUCUGUGAAUGUGACUGUAGGAUGAGGCCAUGAGGGUGGGCCUGAUGCACUGUGACCUCUGUCCUGAUGCCAUGAACACACGCAGGGAGGACAUUGUGAAGACAUGCAGGGACUGGAGUGCUGAACUGCACGUCAAGAACACCAAGUGUCUCCAGCCCCAGCCAAAGCCUGGGAGAAGAAAGGGUCCCAGAGGCACAGGACAAGACUGCUCAUCACACUGGACUUCACACUUGGUCCUUCGGAACUGCCACAACACGUUUCUUGCCACCUAGUUUCCUACGUCAGCUGUAGGAAAUGAACUUGUCUCAAGGUUUUGCUCAAUCUAUAAAUAUAGAACAAAAGUAAUUUA